AUGAGACCCUGAGCAAGAAGCACCAGCUGGGCUUCUCUUGAAUUCCUGACCCAAUGACACUCCUUCAAGUUUUCCUCAACACGUAUGGUAUUCCGACUCAAACUCCUCAGCAGGUAGAACCUAUUCAAAUAUGGGCUCAGCAGGAGCUCGUGAAGGCUUAUUUCCAUCUGGGUAUCAGUGAAAAGUUAGGACUCUCCGGAAGGCCAGAUAGGCCCAUUGGCUGCCUCGGGACAUCAAAGAUUUAUCGCAUUUUAGGAAAGACUGUGGUUUGUUAUCCUAUCAUCUUCAACCUAAGUGAUUUCUACAUGUCUCAAGAUGUUUUACUGCUGAUAGAUGAUAUAAAGAAUGCACUACAGUUCAUUAAGCAAUAUUGGAAAAUGCAUGGACGUCCCAUUUUCCUUGUUCUCAUCCGGGAAGACAAUAUAAGAGGUAGCCGAUUCAACCCCAUAUUAGAUAUGCUGGCAGCCUUCAAAAAAGGAAUGGUUGGAGGAGUCAAAGUUCCUGUUGAUCGUCUACAGACGCUGAUAUCUGGAGCUGUGGUGGAACAGCUUGACUUCCUACGAAUCAGUGACACAGAACAGCUUCUGGAAUGUAAGAGUUUUGAGGAAUUAGAACUUCCCAGACAUUCAAAAGUCAUACGACAAAGCAGCGCGGCCAGUGCUCCUGAACUGGAACAGCAGUCGGAUGUCGUGGUUACUGAAUGGAAAAACAAACCCACCCAUGAGAUUCUUCAAAAGCUGAAUGACUGCAAUUGUUUGGCUAGCCAAGCCAUCCUGCUGGGUAUACUAGUCAAAAGAGAAGGCCCCAACUUCAUCACAAAAAAAGGUACCAUUUCUGAUCACAUUGAGAGAGUCUAUAGAAGAGCUGGCAGCAAAAAGCUUUGGUUGGCGGUGCGCUAUGGGGCUGCAUUCACCCAGAAAUUUUCUUCCUCUAUAGCCCCACACAUUACUACUUUUCUGGUACAUGGGAAACAGGUGACUCUGCGUGCCUUUGGGCAUGAAGAAGAGGUGAUCUCUAAUCCUUUGUCUCCAAGAGUGAUUAAGAACAUCAUCUAUUACGAGUGUAAUACCCACGAUGAGAGGGAAGCGGUCCUUCAGCAAGAGCUGGUCAUCCAUAUUGGUUGGGUCAUCUCCGAUAACCCUGAGUUAUUCAGUGGCAUGCUGAAAAGACGAAUUGGGUGGAUCAUCCAUGCUAUGGAAUAUGAACUACAGAUCCGUGGCAGAAACAAGCCAGCCACAGACUUAUAUCAGCUGUCACCUAGUGAAGUUAAACAGCUUCUGUUGGAUAUUCUCCAGCCUCAACAGAAUGGAAGAUGUUGGAUGAACAGGCAUCAGAUCGAUGGGUCUUUGAAUAGAACUCCCCCUGGGUUCUAUGACCGAGUGUGGCAGAUCCUGGAGCGCACACCCGAUGGCAUCAUCGUAGCUGGGAAGCAUUUGCCACAGCAACCAACCAUGUCGGAUAUGACCAUGUAUGAGAUGAAUUUCUCCCUCCUGGUGGAAGACAUGUUGGGAAAUAUUGACCAGCUGAAGUACAGACAGAUCGUUGUGGAGUUGAGUCCUGGAGAAGACGCCUGUCCUUGACCCACAUCAAGGACACGAGCAGUUCCGGCAUCUCACAUCCUCCAGGGUGGAACGGCCGGCUGUCCAGCUGCUCCAGCUCCACACUCGCCCCUCAGCAGCAAGUGCAUCAACAACACCGUAACAGAGAGGAA